AUGGCAAAUAUUUUCGACCUGCCGCCGGAGAUCCUCGGCGGGAUUCUCUCCAUGCUGCCUGGCCAGGCCCUUCAAUCGCUACGAGCAAGCUGCAGGGGACUCAACCAAGCCGCUUCACCGUUGCUUUUCCCAGUCCUCUAUCUGUCUUGCCAUCCACUCGACUUGGACGUCUUCCAGCUUGUCGCGGCAAACCAACUCCUCCUGGGCGGCGUCCGCGAGCUGGUCAUUGACGAUACAACACUGGCGCCAUCCUUGUCCGAAUGGAAAGUUUUCCAGGCCGCGGCCUCAACGGAAGAAGUGCUCUGGCCUGACCGGCGAAAGCCGUACUUCCCCGGAGAAGCGCCGUUCGAUAUUCCCGGUCGCAGGUGGGCCCCGGCUCCGGACCCGGCGCUGCAUGAGCUGUUCAUGUCCGUGUUCAAGCUCCAUCACCACAACCGAAGGACACACGCCGACCUCACAGCGCUCAAAAAUGCGCUGCCGCGGAUGAAUGGGCUUCAUAGCCUGGUACUCACAAACCGGACCGCCGACGAAGCCCCCGCGUCUGGUGCCCAGAGCCAGGACUCGUCCAGCCCGACAGUUCGCAUGUGGCGACGCUUCGGUACCGAGCGCAAAGAGCGCCCGCCAUUUCCUCCCCGAUGCGACUGGUGGGCAGCAUGGGGGAGCCCAAUGCCCCGUACGUAUGAGAACAUGUUGACGUUGGAUUGGCUGGACGAUGAAUUGGAGCGGAAUAUUCGGCAAUCUGGUCCUCCCUAUGGGCACGAAGUUGGGACGGAGGAGAAUGAACCGGUACUUUACUGGGAAGGUUUGGUCAGUCAUGGCGAAGUGGUCCCUGGGGAAUACCUUCAUUUUCCUGAGGUGCGCUCCAUCGCGCGUGAGGCCCGGGGUCUUCUUGUUGCCCUGGCAGCUCUUGAGAAUCCAGGAAUUCGGUCCCAGCUCAGAGAAUUCCGGGUCGAUGCUUCACAGGACAUAAUUCAAGAGAAUUGCCAACCCGGACUGCCCAUCAGAUUGUUCGACAGUGUCUCUCCCUUUCCGGACACACUCGCCGCCCAGCUAGGACUCGCCUCCAACCUGACCCGUUUACACCUCUCUAUCAAUGACGAGUGCAUGCCCUGGGAGCGCGACGAUGUGAUCGAAGGAGGGCACUUCGGCCUCGUUCUCGCCAGCAUGCCUCGGCUGGAGCAGCUUGUUUUCGAGGCACACGGAAUGUCCACUGUAGCCGCUAUUCCCGACGACUUGAGGUUCGUGCGCUUGCGUCACGUCGAGUUCAGCUGCGGCCACAUUGAUCCGGAGAAGUUGGCUAGUUUCAUCCGCCGCCACGCCACCACGCUCGAGAUUUUGCGGAUCGAGUAUUGCAGUAUCCAUCCGCACCGGGAUGAAUACACCUGGCACGACGUGAUGCGGGGGGUUAGCGAGCUGCAGGAGAAGGGAACAACGAACCUUCGAGAAGCAACCUUGUUUUCCGUAUUUGGGUUCAAACCGUUUUCCGGGUGCGGGAAGAACGGGACCAUCCGAGUUGGGCGGACACAGAAUCAAGUAUACUCGUGGACGUACGGCGUUGAUGCAACUUUGAAUACACCGUUAGUGUAG